GUAGAAACGAGAUUAAGACCGAUUUCCCUAGAUACGUUUACAUCAGGCACGGUCGUCGGCCUCUGUUGUUUGAGUUUUGUGCGCUGGGGACGUGUACAGCGACAAGUCGAUGGAGGGGAUCGUGGUGCUUGUUUUUAGCUUUGGACGUGAAUUUCCAAGGUAGUUUUCAGUUGUAAAAAUCAUGGCAUUUUUUCGUUUAUGUUGGUUACUGAACUUCGUUAAGCUUGCAUUCACUUGGCCGUCUUGGGAGGUGGCGUGCCCGUACGUUUGUGAGUGCGACACCAGCAAAAUGAUUGUGGACUGCACUGGCGUCGGACUGACCGAUAUUCCUGUGGAUGUACCGAAUAGGACCAGGUAUCUCAACCUGGACGAUAACCUCUUCACUAGGAUCGAGUACUCGUCCAUGUCCCGUCUUGGGCCCUGGCUCCGAGGCUUAUCUCUGGCCGACAAUGCCUUGGAGGAGAUCUCAAACAUUAACGGCUUGUCGCAACUUCGGCGAUUAGAGAGGCUUGAUUUGAGCGGGAACCUAUUAUUAACCCCGCCCCUUGGCGGAUUGCAACAACUCUCCUCACUUUGGCGGCUAGAUCUCUCCCGAAACUACCUGAUGGCACUUUUGGAAGACAGUUUCCUCGGACUCUUGGGCUUGCGAGAACUUUACCUUGGUGAGAAUAGCAUUCAGGCUGUGCAGAAAGGCGCCUUUGCAAACUUACCGUCCUUGAGAAAACUGUCGCUCGUAAGCAACUCUGUUAAAGCUGAUCCUGCCGGGUGGUUCACAAAUACCCCGCUGCAAGAACUACAGUUCUCACACAACCGAAUCCAGCUAACUUCGGGAGUCGGUGAAUGGUUUGGCCCUAACGGGACCAUGAAUCUGAGGUUCCUGUUCUUGGCCAACAAUGGCAUAAAAUUUCUCCCACUAGACGUGUUCAGGGGACUGGAGAACCUGGAAGUUCUGGACUUGGAAGGGAACUACCUCAGCAUUAUCAAGGAAUAUGAUUUCAAAGGUCUUGGAAAUCUCAAGGAGCUCAAACUGGAUGGCAAUGCUAUAACUGAUGUCUUCGCGGGGAGUUUCUUUAACGUGCCAGAUUUAACUGUGCUCACGUUGAGCGGCAAUCGGUUGAAGAGCCUUCCGCUAGAUUUGCUCAACCAAGCGGGGGUACUUGCAUCUCAAAGUUAUGCGUCCAACAAGCCGUCACAUAAUGAAGAGAUGGGUGUCUUUCAGGAGUUGGAGGAGCUCUAUAUGUCCAUCAGCGAGUUCUCAGAUUUGGUUGAUCGUAAUCAUUUAAACCCGUUACGAGAGCUUAAAACCCUAAGCCUGGGCCACAACCGCCUCCAACGUGCUCCGGAAUUUUGGAACCUCACAUCGAUGCAGGUUGUUGACCUCAGCUUCAACCAAAUAACAAGGAUAGACGGAGACACCUUCGCACACAACGCCCAACUGCAGGAAAUCUACCUGGAUCACAACGACCUGGUGUACCUGGACCAGGAAAUGUUUGAAGGGCUGCAGUUCCUCGAGACGCUGACGCUGAGCGGCAAUUCCUGGUGGUGCGACUGUCGACUGCUGUGGAUGCAGGACCUCAUGUGGUUAGAGGAGCAGCCACUGUGGGCCGUGAAUCUGGGUGAGGAGGUGGCGUGCUCAUACCCGCCUUAUUUGAACGGCAUUAGGCUGAUGGAAGUCGGGGUGCAGACCCUCCAGGACCAGUGCAUCAGCCUGAACGACGGUUUGGUCCUGCCUGCUGUCAUCUCGGUCUGGUUUGUGCUCAUCGUCCUCGUUGUGGCUCGUGUCUGGUUCCGGAGGUAUCUGGCGGUCCGCAAAUUUUCCCAGGACAAGAAAUCCAACUUCAGAUACGAAAGGAAACGGAAACUGCGGCGGCGGCGUCACGGGAUCACCGGCGACCAAUCUUACAGUCUUUCGGCCAAGUUCGGCCAGCGAAGAUUGUCCUUCCCCUUGCAAAGGCCAGUGCGCUCUUAUCGAGACGUGACGGUCAAACCCGAUGUAUACACAGAGCAAACCGAGGACAAUAAAACGAUGGCAGAGACAUUAUUAUCCAUGCUUGUAAAGAGUGAACAUAUGCGCAAUAAACUCCCAGAUCUUAGUGUCCUUCUUGGUAAGUUACGAAAACUUUCCUGCACUGCCAGGUCAAUUCUGCAUCAGUGCCUGAAUAUGGUGGUGCGUGUACUUGUAUCGCUGCUGGUUGCGGCAGAUUUCACGGGCCUGCUCCUACGCGGGCAAUCAGCGAAAGUAUGCCCAGCAGAUUGUGAAUGUGACGCGGACAAAAUGCUGGUUGAUUGCACUGACCGCGGGCUACUUCAGAUCCCCGUGGAGGGGAUGCCUAACCGAACCAGGAUCCUGGUUCUGGACGGGAAUUUCGUCAACGAGGUCAGCGACGGGACGAUUGUCCGUCUGGGACCUUGGCUGAGACGCCUGUCCAUGGCUGGUAACAACCUAGAGAGGUUUCCCAACGGGAGUUUUUCUCGGCUCUGGCGGCUUAAGGCUUUAGACCUGAGCGACAACCACAUUUCUGAUGUAGCCCCCAUAGCAGUUCUCUCCUUACGGCAGUUGAUCCUUUCUCAAAAUGACCUGGAGCAGCUCAACGCAAGCACUUUCCGCAGACUUUCUUUGUUGCGGGAACUGUACCUCGAUCAAAAUACCAUCUGGUCCAUUCACGAAGGAACCUUUCGGAACUUGCCGUCGUUGAUGAAGCUGUCACUAAAGGACAACCUCCUCACCGAUGACCCUGUUGGAUGGUUCACUCAAACUCCACUGGAGGAACUGCACCUGUCCUACAAUCGAAUCCCACUUACAAGUGGCAUACGCGGGUGGUUCGGCGAAAACGCCACUUUGAAUCUGAAGCUCCUAUUCUUGGAGAGUAACGGCAUCAAAUUUCUUCCAAAAGAUGUAUUCGCUGGUCUGCAGACCCUCGAGGUUCUUAACCUGAACGGAAACAGACUCACUGUUGUCAACAAGCAUGAUUUCUCUGGUCUGACUGGCCUCCAAGAGCUACAACUAAAUGACAACGAUUUAAUGGAGAUCCACGAAGAAAGCCUGAUUCAGACACCGUCGCUUCUUUUUCUCACGGUUGAUAGAAAUCGAUUGAAGAAUCUUACAUUAAGGCCAACUGGAAGUAUAACCACAUUGAGCGUAGCUUCUAACCGUCUGCAGAAUAUUGCAGGGCUCACUAACGGCGCUGUAGUCGAGAGCCUGCUGGAUCUCACUCUGACUUCCAACCACCUCGAAGACAUAUUUGGUUUAAACUCGCUCCCAGCGCUGCUCUCCUUGAGACUUGACUACAAUCGCGUCCAGCGUGUCCCUGAAUUUCAGAAUCUCACAUCUCUACAAAAUGUUGACCUCAGCUUCAACGAGAUAAAAGGGAUGGAUGGGAAUACUUUCAAGCACAAUACCCAACUGCAGGAAAUCUACCUGGAUCACAACGACCUGGUGUACCUGGACCAGGAACUGUUUGAAGGGCUGCAGUUCCUCGAGACUCUGACGCUGAGCGGCAAUUCCUGGUGGUGCGACUGUCGACUGUUGUGGAUGCAGGACCUCAUGUGGUUAGAGGAGCAGCCACAGUGGGCCGUGAACCUAGCGCAGGACAUCAUAUGCACGCAACCCGAAUCCCUGAAAGGCGAGCCUCUGCAGUACGUCAGUAAACGAGGUUUAGAGCGGCAGUGUCCAGUCUUCCAACUGGGUGUGAUUCUCCCCGCAGGUCUCGGUCUUUGGUUCCUGAUUCUAGGAUUUCUCAUCGCUCGAUACUGGGUCCGGCAGUACAUUAGCAGUCGCAAGUUUGCAAGGCGGGUCAGGUCGAUCGUGAACUACGGCAGGGGGCUGCAACGGAGAAGGAAGCUCGGGGUCAGCAAGUGGCCCUCUCAUGUCCUUCCUCUUUCGACAAAGUUUGACCUCAAGCACCGGUGGGUUUCCUUCCCUUUGCACAGGAAAGGACGGAUGUACCUUGAUAUUAAUGCGUCAUAUCUAAGACACGAGGAUUCUGUCUGCGGUGUCUUCGACAAUGACACUUACUCUGCUGCCUUCGACAAUGACACGCACUCUGAUGUCUUCAAAAAUGGCACGCACUCAGAAACGUCUAUGGGCACAGCCAUGAAGGGUUUCUCACUGCUGCUACAAAUUCUGAGUUUGGGCUUCGUAUGCAUAAUGCUACAAACAGCAAAAUGCCAUCCUUUUUUAUGUUUGGAUGCCGUAUAUCUCUGCGAUUGUGACGCUACGAAACUCUCGAUCGACUGCUCAGACCUGGGGUUCCGCACAGUUCCCCUCACUGAUAUAUCCAACGUGACGUCGUCACUUGAUUUUGGCGGGAACCUUUUGACUGCCAUUCUGCAGGACACAUUGAGGACUCUUGGAGAGUUACUGAGACUGUCUUUGGAGAACAAUCAGAUCACUUACGUCGAAUCUGGGUCCUUCAGUGUAACAAGAGAACUGAGAUUCUUAGAUUUGUCCGGGAACAAGUUGUCUGUCAUACCGUCAGCUUUGAAUGUGUUGACAUCGCUGAAGGUUCUCAAUUUCAGCAACAAUGAGCUUUCUUCCCUUUCGUCUGAUGAUUUCGAAAGUUUCACAAAGCUAGAUACUCUGCGACUUGAGAAUAACCGACUGGAUUCUAUAUCAAACACCACGUUCCAUCCCCUGGCAAAUCUGGAGCUUCUUUACAUUGACCAUAAUUUCAUAAGCGCAGAUCCCAUUGGCUGGUUUACCAACAGCACUCGACUGGCUUACUUACGCAUGUCCCACAAUCAGAUCCCACUCACCGCCAACGUGGAGGUCUGGUUUGGGGUCGCGCAGGAAACUCUACCGCUGGAGGAGUUGCAUCUCGAUAACAACGCCAUCCAACAGAUCUCCGAAGUGACUUUCAGGAGCUGCGAGAAUCUGAAAGAGUUGAAUCUUAGCGAGAACGAGAUUGCAAGCAUAGCGCCUGGUAGUUUCUUUGACUUGACCAGGCUGCAAGAGUUGGCAUUAGAUGGAAACGAGCUGUCUGAUAUACCCGAUAGUUUGUUUUUGGACACAGAAGCCCUGCUCGUCCUCUCACUGCAGGACAAUUCCCUUUCUGUACUUUCACGCAACGUAUUCGCGGGUCUCGGACAAGCAGUGCAGCUAAAUUUGGCUGGAAAUGGAUUAACUACUUUAGGCCUAUUUGCUUCCUCCAACGGGGCUGACUCCCCUUUCCUUCCUGCACUGACAAGCUUAUAUUUGAAUUCAAACGUGUUGUCUGAAAUACCCGACGUCCACAAUUUUUCGAACUUGGAAAUACUCGAUCUCAGCCACAAUAUCAUUUUCGAGAUGGAGCCCUACGCUUUUAACGGAACCUCGUUGCGUCAGCUUCACCUCCAUGACAACCUGCUGACGACAAUGUCGCUGGAAAACUUUCAGUUUUUGCCCGCUCUGCAAUCAGUGACAGUUACCGACAAUCCAUGGAUAUGUGACUGUCGGAUGUUUUGGCUCGUCGAUCCGGAAGGGGAAGCGCUGGCUUGGAAGAGCGCCCUCUACAACGACGUGUUCUGCAAAUCGCCCGAUUUUGCUGCUAAUCUUGACUUGCGCACGCUGCACCUGCGCGAACAGACGACGAACGGGAGGAGCGGUCCGUUCUCCCCUUGCGAGACUGCGAACUGGCUAAUCAUCGUCAUCAUUGUCGUUGUAUGGGUUCUCAUCUUUUUGCUUGUCCUGGUCUGCUACCUGUCUCACUCGAUGAACUAUGAGAAGGGCUACGUCAGUCGAACGAUUAAAACAAAAGUCGUCAGGGCAACGUCGCAACCGGCAGAGGCAUCAGCGCCUUUGUCACCUAGUCCCGCUUGCCUGAAUGAGGGCGCUACCUUUGAUGAAUUGGACAAAUGCACCAUCACAAACGCGACCUACGAGAUGACCGCAAGGGACGAGGGGGGAUCUGAACUGCCAGAGAUCGAACAGUUGGAAGUCAAAGGGCAAGUGACACGGAAAGAAAGCAUCGGCACCACUGUGACGGUAACUUUGACUAGUGCUGUCUGAACACUAACAAGACGGGAAGCUUGAAUGGUUGCAGUGACUCAUUAAUUGUUAAUAAGACUUUUUUGUGUUCCACACGUGAAAAACAACCACACAGAGAGCA